UGGAAAGUAUCUCUCUCGUUAUAAAUUUUACCCCGGUACUUCGUCAUCGCUCGAACACUAAAUUGGCGCUGUAGACAGGAUUAGUAGUGUAGUGAAGUUUGUGUAACAAUGGAGCAAGUGUUACAGAAAAGUGAAAUGCUGAAAGUUCGGUUUGCUGACAUCAAGGUCCGAGUUAGUCACAUGAACGACGAAAGCUCUGUCGGGAGUCUGACCGCCGAAUUGGACCAUUUGGAAAGCUGGUGGAAGGAAUUUAAAUCCCUACAAGAUGUGAUACUAGAUUCCUGUGUCGACGACAGCCAGCUGGACAAUGUCAUCAAAGAGCUAACGGAAGCUGACGCACGAAGGAACGCAAUUAAGGCAACCCUCAAACGGCUACUUCGAGAGGCCCAAAUUUCGAAUCAAGAGAAACCCAGUAUCACCAUUCAACGACUCAACGAACAGUGCCUUCUUUACCCGAAGUUCUACACCAUCGGAUCGACAGAAGCCUUUCAUCAAAACGCACCAACCAAGCAACCCUUGGAACCCACACCGCCGAAGCAUACGAACGCUCAACACGCAGCUAACAACGUUUGCCUUCGAAACCUCAACACAUCCAUCGACCACAAUCCAUCACUGAAGCGAUUUUCAACUGCAGCAACGAUUGAAAAUUAUUGCCUUCAGGAUGAGAACACAGCAAACUCCCACGUUUCAUCAUCAUUCAACCAAUCGCCACAAGAAGACAUCUCUCAAGAAGACAUCGUAAAACAACCUUCAUCACAAAUCGUCAUCAAGACACUGCAACCGUCGGGAAGUGAAGAUCAGCCACAGUUUUCGUCCCAAUCCCAUUCGAUCACUUACCACACAAGCAAGCAACAUUCAUCGGAAAUUCAAGCAACCAAACCCAUUCAUCAUACCAAGAACGUAGCUUCCAUCAAGAAGCUGAAUGAAAUCUCAAUCAACCAUCGACAACAAUCAUCGACACACUAUGAAGCAUGUAUACGUCUAUCUGCUAACGGAGAACAGAGCAGGAAAAACCAGUCAUCCAACAUGGCAGAACAUGGCAUCUCAUCACCAGCAAACGGAAUCAUUCAUCUGGAUGGGUCAUCCACCAACAUAGCCGUCUUCAGGUCACCGAAAUCGAUCGACAUCUUUUCUCCAUCACAUCGACAAUUUCCACCACUCAAGAAACAGCUUCAGCAAAUUCUCUUCAACACCACAUCAUAUCAGCAUAUCAUUCGUGCACGGUGGGCGGCACGAGUUACCAACCAUCUUCGUUACAACAUGCAAGUCUUCGCUUUCAUCUUCAUCCGAAGGAGAGUAUGGGAGGAAAGUCACCGUCAUCAACAAAGGAUUCCCUCCCAGCUAAACAAGUCAAGCCGAUUGCUCAAGGUGGGUAGAAUGGAGCUCAUCAGGAACCCACAUCACAUCGAUCAGCAUCAUAAGCCAAACCUCGUCAGCACGACAUCCUCACACCAAGUGAUUCGUCUAUGGUGGGCGGCAUGGAUUGUCUACUUUGGCUGCAACGCGCAAGUUGUUGGUAUCAUACGAAGGAGAGUAUGGGAUAAAGGUCAUUGUCAUCUACGAAGAAUCCCCAUCCAACCCCGCAACUCAACCCGAUCGCUCAAGUCAUCGAAGCGAUACUCCGACGUCAUCACAACAAUAUGCAUUUUGUCAUCAUCAAAACCAAGACCAAGAGCACGCAUCUUUUGCAAAUUAUCCCUAAUUUGGUGGGCGGAAUGUUGCGGCCAGCAGCAAGCCACCGGGGUGCUUCAUUCUAGCACCACACCAGCGGAUACAGCAUGCCUCAUGCUGCCAGCCGCACUUCAAAACACCACUAGAUUCCAUUUAAUACUUACCCUUUUGGUCAUACCUAGCUCCACAGCUGGAGCAUCAUAAAAUCAUGCCUGGAAAGAAGAAAACAUAGCAUUAAUCAAAUAAUUAACUCAUUACUUCAAACUACUUACCUUCGAUCAUUCUAGAUCUUCAACACAGAAUCAUUUGUUUAUUUACAUUCAUUGUUAUUGACAGUUCUAGAACAUUCAGCCAUACGUACACUUUACACAAUACAAAUCUUUAGUACUUGCAUUGACUUGCAUACAAUAAGCUUACGAAUUGAAUAGAAUUCUAGAAGGUUCUUAAAUGCAUAAUAGGGUAGAGCCGACUAUAAAUAGGACACGCCGAAACACAUGAAUUUUAGUCUUGAAAUAAACGUGAACUGGAAAG